AAGAAAGAGUCUUUUUUUUUCAUUGAACACUUCAUCAAUCUAUCUCUUGAAAAACUUAAUGGCCAAGUUGGGAUGGUUGGUUGUUUCUCUUUCUGUUUCUGUACUUGUUACCAAUCUUUGUGAAGCAAUCUCUUCUUGUAAUGACCCAUGUAAAACUCUAAAUGAUUGCGAUGGACAGUUGAUUUGUAUCAAAGGUAAAUGCAACAAUGAUCCUGAUGUACAUGUGGGUAGUCAUGUGUGUUCAAACGAAGGCAGUGGAGAAGGGUCUUCACCACCAUUAGGCGAUAGUUGUCAACCUUUUGGCCACAAAGUUUGUAAGGGAAUAUCACAUCCACAGUUCAAGUGCUCGCCUCGAGUGACUUCCUCGACUAGAGCUAUCCUUACAAACAUCGAAUUCAACGGAGAUGGUGAGAACGGAGCCCCGUCAGAGUGCGACAAUAAAUUCCAUCUUAACUCUGAAUUAGUAGUGGCAUUGUCUACAGGUUGGUAUAAUAGGGGUUCGAGGUGUGGAAAGAAGAUCAAAGUUACUGCGAGGAAUGGAAAGUCUGUGUUGGCUAAGGUGGUAGAUGAGUGUGAUUCGAUAAGCGGAUGUGAUGCGCUACAUGCUGGUCAACCACCUUGCCGAAAUAAUAUCGUGGAUGCUGCAAAAGCAGUAUGGGACGCUUUGGGACUUGACACAGAUGUAGGUGAAGAGCCUGUUAAUUGGUCUGAUGUUUAGCAGUAGCACCACAAUACUAAUAAUUAAUAAUAACAACAAUAAUAGUAUGGAAGGAUAAAAAAAAAAAAAAACUGUCUCAUUAUCUCAUGCCGUUGUAAUUAUAACAUCUGCUUGCAUUUUUUUUCU